CCGGCACGUGGAAACAUGUCUGGGAAACCCAAGCUGCACUACUUCGAUGGACGAGGCCGAAUGGAACCAAUACGGUGGCUGCUGGCAGCAGCUGGAGUUGAGUUUGAAGAAUCUUAUCUGGAAAAAAAGGAUGAUCUGGAUAAGUUACGGAAGGAUGGAUCCCUGCUCUUUCAGCAAGUGCCAAUGGUGGAGAUUGACGGCAUGAAGAUGGUGCAGACCAGAGCCAUUGCCAACUACAUAGCAACGAAGUACAACCUCUAUGGGAAGGACCUGAAGGAGAGAGCCCUAAUCGAUAUGUAUGUGGAAGGAAUGUUUGAUCUGAAUGAGCUACUCAUGAACUAUGAUUUCGAACCAGCAGAUAAAAAGGAGCAACUUUUUGCUAAUAUGAUGGACAAGGCCGCAAACAGAUACUUCCCAGCCUUUGAGAAGGUUUUGAAAGACCAUGGACAAGACUUUCUUGUUGGCAACCAGUUAAGCAGGGCAGAUGUGCAGUUACUUGAAAUCCUUUUGAUGGCAGAAGAGUUCAAGCCUGAUAUACUUGCCAAAUUUCCUCUCUUGCAGCGUUUUAAAGCAAGAAUAAGCAAUAUCCCUACAAUAAAGAAAUUCCUGCAGCCUGGCAGCCAGAGGAAAUCACCAGUGCGACCAGAAGAUGUACCCAAAGUGCUGGCAAUUUUCUCCUGAGCAGCAGCCUAAAGCCACAUUUCACUGUG